UCUCAAAUGGGAUCAGUAAAACCAAUAUUUCGUGAUCUGAACGCAGAUGAUCCUGAACCAGAGACUACAGAAAUAGAAUCGCUUUGUAUGAAUUGCCAUGAAAAUGGAAUGACUAGACUUUUGUUAACAAAAAUUCCUUUUUUUAAAGAAUUAGUAUUAAUGUCUUUUACCUGUGAACAUUGCGGAUACCAAAACAAUGAAAUUCAAUCUGGAGCGCCAGUUGCCGAUAAAGGUGUAAGAAUAUCAUUGAAUGUAACAACAAAAAAAGAUUUAAAUCGACAAGUAGUGAAAAGUGAUUAUACAAGUGUAAAAAUAGCGGAAUUAGAUUUCGAGAUACCUUCAAAAAGUCAAAAAGGAGAAGUAACUACGGUAGAAGGCAUUAUAGAUAGAAGUAUAACAGGAUUAGAGCAAGACCAACCUCUUAGAAGGAUUCAAUUUCCCGAAACGGCAGCUCAAAUUGAUGAUUUCAUCAAUAAAUUGAAAAGUUUGAAGGAAGUAGAAACUCCAUUUGUAUUAAUAUUGGAGGAUAUAUCAGGAAAUAGUUUCAUUGAAAAUCCCAAUGCUCCUCGGGUAGAUAGUAGUUGUACUACUAGCUAUUUCACUAGAAGUAAGGAACAAAAUCAUGAAUUGGGUAUAUUUACUCAAGAUGAAAUAAUUGAAGAAAAAGAAAGUAAUAUCCUUCACCCUAUUGAAGAAGGAGAAUUUACAUUAGAUGAUUUGGAAAGGGAAGUUUUACAGUUUCCUACAAACUGCCCUUCUUGUAAUUCUCCAUGUCAGACAAAUAUGAAAAUGACCAACAUUCCCCACUUCAAGGAUGUUGUAAUAAUGGCUACAAAUUGUGACAUUUGUGGACUCAAAACUAAUGAAGUUAAAUCAGGAAGUGGAAUAGAGCCAAAAGGGCUAAAGAUAGAAGUAGAUGUAAAAAGUAAAGAGGACUUCUCAAGAGAUGUUCUUAAAUCAGAAACUUGUUCACUAAGUAUACCUCAACUGGAUCUAGAAGUUGGACCACAUGCUUUAGGAGGACGAUUUACUACCAUAGAAGGUCUCUUACAAGCUAUGAAGGAUCAACUUUGUGAUCCUAAACAUUCUCACAUGUUCGGAGAUUCUGUAGACCCUAAGUCCAAAAAAGAAUUUGAAACAUUUUUGGAAAAAUUUGAUGAGAUUUUAGAAGGAAAUUUAAUGGUUACUGUAAUAUUGGACGAUCCUGCAGGGAACAGUUACAUUCAAACAAUGAGAGAUGAUGACCAACCUGAUGAUAAUUUGAGAAUAUUACAUUAUGAAAGAAGUUUUGAUCAAAAUGAAGAAUUGGGCCUAAAUGAUAUAAAUACUGAAAAUUAUGGAGCAUAAAAUCAUCAAUUUUUCCAAAAUAAAAUGUUUCAUAUGACUAAUGUUAUGAAUAAUAAAUAUUUUAUUGUUAA